UUUCCGCUUGUGAACUAAAUGCCAAUGACAACAGACCAACUGACACCCACCCACCCACUUAUUCAGUCACUCACACAGCCCGCAGCCCCCACCAACCCACGACAAGCCCCAGUGUCGGGGAGCGUCAGCACCCACACGGGUGGCACUACCCUGUCUGACCCUCUCUCCUCUCACCUUUCCGACUUCCUACCCUGAGGAGACAAGCACAGCAGGAGACUCCCCCCAAAGGGUCCUUCAGGACAGGGCAGCCAUGUCACAAUUCUCCACCAUGACGACCAGGGAGAAGAAAAUACAGGCGGCAGCAAUCUGCAGGGAGAUUCAAGGCCAGGAAGAUGCAGAGAUGGAUCUUGGGAAGAAAGUGAGCGUGCCCAAGGACAUCAUGCUGGAGGAGUUGUCUUUCGCCUCAAACCGAGGCUCCCGUCUCUUCAAAAUGCGCCAGAGGCGAUCUGAAAAAUACACUUAUGAGAGCAUCCAGAAUGAAAACAACAGGCAGCUCAAUAACACAGUGGUCUCUCAAACUGAGAACGGGAAUGCCACGGGCAACCAACAAACCAACGACAGCGGCGAGAACAAAUUGGAUGUCGACCAAUCACAAGUGCCAUCUAACACAUCAAAUACAACAACGGUGCCAAAUCCAGACAGUAUCGCCCCGGGUUACAGCGGUCCUUUGAAAGACGUCCCUCCAGAAAAGUUCAACAGUACAGCCGUGCCAAAGUCCUACCACUCACCCUGGGAGCAGGCUAUUAUCAAUACCCCGGCCUUGGCUGACACUCUCAUCGCCAGCCUGCCUGAGCCAGAGGCCCGACCAGACCUACCAGGCUACAAGAGUUUCAACAGGGUGGCAACCCCAUUCGGAGGCUUCGGCAAGGCACCCACUACUUCUUUCAAGACCAUUCAGCUGGAGCCCCUCCCUGACUACCCUGAGCUCCAGGCGGAAAAAGCGGCAGUAAAUCGACCCACCUUCAACAGAUCUGCUCUUGGGUGGGUGUCGACGGGUGAUCCAGUACCCCUCCCUUCCGCUUCCCUUGAGCCUGUGCUAAUCCCUGAGUCAGACGACCUCUGAACCUAUAAUGAGGUCGCACAGAGAUGCUGUCUACUUAGUUGCUGCACCAGAGGUUGUGGUGAACGGGGUAACGUUUCGGUCAGAACAGAGUCAGGGUGAGAGAAAGUGUCCUGUUGGGAUGUGCAAGUUGCCAUGUAUGUAAUAUCCUUGGUUUUCUAGGGAUGUUAACUAUUGCACUGCACUCAAAAAUGAAUUGAUGAUCCUGCACAGUAGUCAGAGACACUACAGGAAUACAUGGAAUUUGUUGUAUAUUAAUGUGCAUAAGAGUAUUUUAUCUUGGAGACACAAUGUUUUGCUCAAUAAAAUGAUUCAGAAUUCAACA